GGUGAAUCUGCAUACACACUUGCAUCACACCUUUAUUCUACCACACCCUGCACUCAAUGAACAGCACAGGUGCAUGUGCCGGCAUUGAUCCAGGGACAUUGGAAGUCGAUUGACAUUAUUCGAAGUACUACCGUGUUUUGAUGUGUUCGACCUGACAUACCGCCGGCGGCCUCUCUGUGCAGGUGAAUAUGAACGGAGGGAAACUGGGCCGUGGCGUCGUGGACUGCAUGGUCACCACCACGACCUCAUUACACAACGCGAGCGAUUAGGUGACGCAAACAGACGCAGUGACAUGCACCUCUAGUUGAUAUUCACUGCAACAGAGCGCGACGUAAACAGCCACACAAAGAGAACUAUCCUUGCUACCCCUGCAGUUGUGAGUCAUGUGUUGUUAUCCCUUGUACUGCAGCGCUGUGAACAGGCGGGGUAUGUUCCAGGCCUCAUACGUCCUCGCUAGUUGCAUCCCCACUAGUACAGGGGCACCAUGUCUUAGGAUAUAACACUUAAGCUGAGGACAACUGAAAACUGUUGGACACAGCCGAUGACAAUUGAGAGCUGUUGAAGACAAUUCAGGACAAUUGAGUUCAGUUCAGGACAACUGUCAACUGUUAAAGACCUCUAAGGACGACUUAGAACAGCUAAAGACAGCUGAGGGCAAUCGAGGUCUGUUAAGGGCAGUUAAAGACAAGUGAUUACAGAUGAGGACAAAUGAACACAACGGAGGACAACUAAACAACUGACGACAGCUGAGGCCAAUUGAAGAGCAGCAGAGCACAGCGAAGUCCAAUUGAAGAGCCACAGAGCAAAGUUAAGGCCAAUUGAAGGCAACAGAGCACAGUUGGGCCAAUUGAAGACAACAGAGCACAGCUAAGGCCAAUUGAAGACAACAGGGCACAGUUAAGGCCAAUUGAAGGCAAAAGAGCACAGUUAAGUCCAAUUAAAGACAACAGAGCACAGCGAAGGCCAAUUGAAGAGCCACAGAGCAAAGUUAAAGCCAAUUGAAGGCAACAGAGCACAGUUUGGACAGUAGGGAGCGACGUCGCCAUGUGUGGUGGAUGCGGAUGUAAAUGCAAGGAUGCCGGGGAUGCUGAGAAUGGUGACGGGAGCAACAAAGACCUGCACCCGUGCAAGAAAUGUAUGUUGACGCCAUGUGUGACCCACAUCUGUCUCGGGGUGAGGAGGACGGACUACCUGAAACAUUGCAACUGCUACCCCCCGGCCAUCUUUAUUCCUGCCAUAACCGUAGUCCAGAUAGUGAUAUUCGCCGUGUAUGCCGUUGAGCUUGCCGGCACCUCGACGCCGGUUACCGCUACUACCGGGUACCCCCGGGACAGCCCCCUGGUGUACCGGCCAACACGGCGCUACGAAGCCUGGAGAUACCUCACCUACAUGUUUAUCCAUCAGGGAUGGGAACACUUGAUAGGCAACAUGCUUCUUCAGCUGUUCGUGGGCGUGUCUCUGGAGAUGAUUCACAAGUGGUGGCGAGUUAUGAUAGUCUACCUGUGUGGCAUCAUUGCAGGCUCCCUACUCCACUCGAUGAUAGAGCAUAACAUGGCCCUGGUAGGAGCGAGUGCUGGAGCCUUUGCCCUUGUGGGCGCUCAUCUUGCUGUCGUUAUCACGAAUUGGAAACAGAUGCGCGUGAAGUGCGAGUGCAAGAGCAAAUGUCUGCCGAGUGACUUUGACCGCACCCUGCCCACCGCUCCGUUACGACUCGUCGUUGUCUUGCCAUUGGUCUUACAUGAACUCGGUCGUGCCAUCUACAAACACGUAGCUUCCCCAGAAGACUGGAGGAUCGCAGUGGGGGCUCACAUCGGUGGUAUCCUAGCAGGUGUCCUCUUGGGCGUCCCACUGCUGAAGAACAUGGUUAAGCUUCCAUGGGAGACAACUCUUGGCAUCAUCACGGCGGUGGUGUUCUUGCUCUUCGUCACUGCCGCUGUUCUGUUUAACGGGUUAUACAAAGGCUACCCACCGACAGACUGGAGUUGAAUCGGUUUCGACUGAUAUGAAAUAUCCGCUUUCGUCAUUUCUGUACUUCUGCUAAUUAAUAUGGCACCCUUAUGAUCUUCGUGUACAUUAAUGUUCAUUCUUAAAAUGUUGUUUUAUGAUAGUUACUAGGGGACUGGGCGUUAUUCGUUAAACAGUUUAGUCUGAUGUGGCUACCUCGACGGUUUACUGAAAUGAGUAUUCACAUUUUCGUCAUUACAAGCCAUCUGUCGGCGUGAUGUAAAUGACUUCGUCAUAAACAUGUCAUCUUUUCGUCAUGUUCAUGUCACUAUAUCACAUGACCAGGUUUGUUUGUUUGUUUGUUGUUUACCGCCGCACUCAGCAAUAUUCCGGCAAAAUGACGACUGUCUGUAAAUAAUCGAGUAUAGACCAGAACAUCCAGUGAUCCACGAGCAACGAUACACGCAACUGGAAUACGAUGACAUACAUCAACCAAGUCAGCGAGCCUGACCACCCGAUCCCGUUAGUCGCCUCUUACGACAAGCAUAGUCGCCUUUUACGGCAAGCAUGGGUUGGAGAUCCGGGGUAGAAUAGAUCUUCAGCAUAUUAAACAUUAUCGUGUUAAAUGCCAAUGUGAUAUUGCGUGGCAUAGUUUAAGUAUUCCCACUUUUUGGUGGACCUUUAUGAAUAGUAUUUCUGUCGGUUCAGCUGUGAAAUUGAAAUUGAAGUCAGCUGUGUAACUCCACGUGGUUGAUGAAGAAUUUGACUCAAUCCCUCUGCUGCUGAGCCCGAAGGGGCUGACCAUUUGAUAUUUCAAUUAUUUUAUAUUUUUUUAAACAUUUUCUAUUCAAUUUCUUUUUCUUCCAACAGUGUGAGGAAUGAUACAUUUUUUAAACAUUUUCUGGGACAAAAAACCCAUCGAAUUUGAUCCAGUUGGGCAACACAAAUCGAAUUUAGUUACAUGCUGAAUUGGUAUAAAUAUUGAUACUAUUUUGAUGUUGUUUGCUUUGUAGAAAAUAGAUUUUUUUUAUGAUGCUUAACAUAUUUUGUUUUGAAUGCACGCCUGGUAGUUAAAUAGAUAGUUGGGAUUGCACACUUCUUAUAAGUAAUUAAUUCGUUCGAUGAUAUUGAAGUUUUUUCAAUACGCGUCAAUACAAUUAUUACCAAUAUACAAAUAAAAAAUAGUUACCUGAAUUUAAAUCAAUAUGACAAACAUAUUGUGUUUUUGUGGAAUACAAUAAUUCAUUUGAUAAGAAUCAUCGUUCUCUUCUUGAUGAUCAGAAUAAAAAUCGUGUCAUGCAGGUACCAAUUUGAUUCCAUUCAGUGACAAACCUAAAGGCGACUUGGGAAUGGCCCAGCCCGACAACUUCAUAUCCGUGUUUGAAGUAUUGGAGAAAACACGCUUACGAGGUUUUGGUAGACAGAGCAUGCCCUGGGGAGGGGGAAAACCAAGGGGGCGAAGGGGGUGAAGUGUUUUUCCAUACUUAUAAACCGUCUAAAUUGAUUAAAUGUUAUAACGAGCAUCUAUAAAUGAGGCGCUUCCUUGAAGACGUGAUAUCAUAACUUUCACGUGAAAUUCGCUGACUUGCAAGGCGUUCAAGAGCACGUGGAUGUGUCAAUAACAAAACACAACUAAAAUACUUACUUUUAAAUGAAAGUGAAAUCUUCGGUUUCUAAAUGUUUGUGUUGCAAUAUUCCACAUCUUUUAAACUUUUCAAAACGAAAAUUCGCAAAUUUUAAAGGUGUUUUUUGCUUUACGAGAUUUUCGACUUUAAACAAUCCAACUGUUACAUAGAGGUAGUUGUGACGUAACGGCUAGCAGUUACUGCACGUGCAAAUUGUGCAGCAUUGAUAAGCACUUGUUUAAAAGCACGUUUUGAAACCUCGCUGUCCUUUCACCAGAGACUCUGAAGUGAUGUCGUUUUUAAAUGUCCACGCGGAACUGUACACAUGACAUUCAAUUUUAAUUGAAUUAAAAUUUUGAAUUGCUA